AUGCUGCUACUCGCCAUCUUGGGGGUGGGCAGGCGAGGGAGCAGCCGUGGCAGCAGAGGCGGUGUCGCCGAGCCACCGCCGCUGUCAAAGGCCAGCCUCAACGGCGCCAGCUAUGUCGGGCCCCUGUUCUCACAAGUGGCCCGGGACCUGGAGCCCUUCAACCACAGCGGCAUCGGCCUGCGCCACGCGGAGCAGGCGUACUGCCAGGGCAGCAAGGCCAGCAUGCGAGUGCAGGUGGUGAACGGCAGCGUGUACAUAGUGGGAGAGAGCCCAUCGUACGAGAGCCGCAUGCUGGGCAUCAAGCGCCAGCUGCUUCACCUGUGGCUGGCGGGCGGCCUGCCCGAAAGCAUCGACUUUGUUGUUGAGCAAGAGGACCACCCUACUGUGCGCCACCGCAGCGACGACUGCCCCGAGCGCGGGCCCAUCCUCGCCCCCGCCAAGUGCCCCAGCAACAAGUCACACAGCCAUGUGCUGCUGGCGCCUGACCACACCUUUGCUGGGUGGCCCGAGGCCCGCACCCUGCCCUGGGCCGAGAUGCUUCCCCUGCUGCAACACUCGGCCGAGCGGCACCCCUGGGCGGACCGGUCUGCCCUGCUGUUCUUCCGGGGCGCCGCCACAGGGGACCGCAACCUCACAGACUCCGACCUCAGCCUGUCCUACCCAGAGCUGCUGGAUGUGCAGCUUGUCAACUGGACCAGCGCCGAGGAGCGGCCGCUGUUUGUGUCGCUGGCAGACCACUGCCGCCAUCGUGCCCUGCUCCACCUCCCCGGCAACUCUUACGCCGCACGCCUCAAGUAUCUCCUGGCCUGCGGCUCGGCGGUGGUGAUGCCGGACAGCCCCUGGCAGGAGUUUUGGUACCACCUGCUCCACCCUCCCCACAACAUCAUCGUAACAGAGGAAGUGAGCCCGGACAACCGGGGCCACCAGUUUGCUGACGUGGCACUCGAGCUGCAGCAGGACGAGGCCCUGACGCGACGUGCGUACUGGCAGCUUCUGCUGCAGCAGUACCGUGCCCUGCAGAACUACAACGCCAGCCUGCACCCCGAUGUGGUACCGCUGGAGCGCAGCAUCCUGGUGCCAGAGCUCAUGAACGUCACUCAGCGCACGUGCCUGGUGUGCAAGCCGACGGCGGAGCAGCUGGAGGAGCAGCGGCGGGCGGACCUGGGGCUGACCGACGAAGAGGAGCUGCCUGCCCUGGAGGGCGCAGCGCUGCCGCUUCCGCUGCCCCAGGCGAGCGCCACGGCACAGCCUGGCACAGCCGGCGCAGCCGAGCAGCCCGUGGGAGCGGCUGGCGCCGGCAUCGUGCGCCCCGGCGAUGGCAGGCCUGCAGGCCACCCGACAGCUGGCGAGACGCAGUGA